GGUGGCGCAGCAUUGUAAAUUAAACCUUCAAAUAACACCGUUUGGCCGUUUAUUCGAGAGUAUCGUCUUCUUCAUGAAUCAAAACUCGUCGCAACCGCCUGCAUACACACCGAAUUCGGCUUUUGCUGACGCAGGGAAGGACCGAAAAACGGGCUUCGUCCAGCCAAGCUCUUCCUCUUCUGCCCCUCGUGCUCCCUCUGCUCUUUCUUCUUCUUCUUCUUCUUCAUCCUCUUUGUCUCAAAUCCCUCCUCCUCCUCCGAACCGUCCACUUACUCAUACGAAUGAUGUCCCGCCCAUUGCUUGCAUUUCUUUGCACUCAAUUGAUAUGAUCCGCUUCACCAAUGUCCCCGAAAGCAUUUUUCCCGCUGUUGAUAUUCUUCUUCGCCAAUUCUGGCCGUAUGGAGUUGCGCGAAAGCGAAACUAUGGUCCCUCAUAUGAAUUUCGGCUCAAUGGAACGCCAUGGGAAGCUUCCGGCGUGUCCCGACACCUUGCACCGAAACUGGUGAAGGAGUUAAUCGCUCUUAUGGCAGCUAACAAUUGGAAAAUCACAUUGACAUGUAACAUCUCUAAUAAAAUGGGUGCACUGGAUAAUUGGUUCUUUCGCUACACACCCGGUUAUGCGCAGUCGUUGCCCAUUCCGAGCCCGACAUGGUGUGUCAUCGAUUUCAAUCGCCAAGACAGAAUCCGUAUUAUCGACGGUCCGAUGGAUCUUGUUACAGCUGUUGAGAGUGCUAUCAGUCUGCACUGGAGAUUGGGACUUAAAAAGAUGCGAACAAGUAACGGUUUGUAUCCGGAAUUUAAAUUGCGUGGUAAUCCCUGGUUUCCUCACAGUCUUGAAACCAUGGAGGUUCGCUAUUUCUUAACUCAGUUGAUUGAAGAGCUGAAUCGGACUGGUUAUCAAGUUGUGACAGCACUUAAAAUAUUCCGCACGGAGGACUAUUCCUCCCCUGACAAGUGGGUUUUGGUAAAAAUGUAGUUCAUCUAAUUCCUCUGCGUUUCAUCAGAUUUAGAAAAGAUUAAAGCAAUGCUCCCUAUUCUUAUCGAUUGAUUUUGACAUUUUAGUGUCGCUACUCGCAUGCUCUGGCCUAGGGUUUAAUGCUUGCUUAGUUGACAGGGCGUGUCUUAAUGUUCCCUUUCUGCUCAUUUCCCUCAAAUUCUGAAAGUAAUGUUUUUUUAUUUUGUUUAUGACUCAUCCUCGAAUUUUCGGCUUACUGAAAGUUCAUGAAUCUUUUCGCUUAAGUCCUCUACAAUGUUUACUCCUUCGCCUUCGUUUUUUGUUUCUCGCCUGUUCCAAUGCUGCGCAUCCCUUCAUCAUGGCUUGAUUGAAUUAUUAUGAGUCUUCUUAAUCUUCGGCCCGCGUUUUCCUGGUUUUACAAUAUCAUCUUCGCAUUUACAAGCCCACCUCUCUUACUUCGUUAUUGGUAACGGAUACGGCAUCCUUCGUCACCCCUUCAUCAUGCCGUUCUUCUUUCUGAUCUUCAUGGCUAAAUGACCCCAAACGAUGACAAUUAUUCGCUGAAUUACCGUCUUACUACAAGUGCAUCUCGCGUUUUUAAUUUUGAUCUACUCCACUCGUUCCUAUAGCAUCGUUUCAGCAUACUAUAUACACCAACUCAAAUCGUGACAUCACAAGAGUCUUCGAUAUUUAUUAAAUCGAUAUACGAUGCUCAU